UAAAAAAAAGAAUAGAAAUUUAAUUGAACGUUUUAUAAAAGUUAAUAAUUUAAUUGAGAAAAGAAAAAGAAGAGGACAUAAAACUACGUCGUCUUGAUAUUGGCUUUAAGUAACUACUUCCUAAAAUUAUGUUAUUACUUCGUUAGUUAUUUUGUCCUCUUUUUGCCACGCUCUUCAUUUUCCCUUUUUUCUUUUUUUUCACAACUUCAUUGUCCAUCCCUCUGCCGCCAAUUAAACCCAGUUGCAGCAGUCUCUGUAUAGGGGAGGAUUUGAGUUGUUGGUGGAAGCAAGAGACUAGAGGCGUGUAAUUUGUUUGCCACCUAAAAUUCAAGGGACCAUGGGUUUGUGGACAUUAUUGGAGGGCUUUCUUCUUCUUGCAAAUGCACUAGCAAUAUUAAAUGAAGACCGGUUCCUUGCACCAAGAGGAUGGAGCUUCUAGAGUUUUCAGGGUCGGACAAAGUCCUUCAAGGGGCAGCUUAUAGGGCUAAUUUAUGCAACCCAGUACAUGAGAGUUCCCCUUAUGAUACUCAAUGCCAUUUGCAUUGUUGUAAAGCUAGUGUCUGGAUGAUUCCACCAAGCAUAUAGUUGCACCAGAUGAAAAGGAGUCUGCAAAUUUUGGAAGGGCAGAACCAUGUUCAAAAUUAAAGAAAAACUUAGUUCCAAUAUAUUGUUGUAUUUAAGGUUGUACUCCUAGCUUUGGAAAAAUGAUAUAGGUCUGCGGACAAAAAUUUCGUGUAUUUUGGAAAAGUUUCUUAACCUGAUACUUGUAAUCUUCUGUCAGAAGUUCUGGAA